AUGGAUCAUAACGAAAUUACUCGUUCUGAAAGCAUAACCAAUAUCGUCGAUUCUAAUGACCCAAGGGCUCCCCUGCUUCCGGUCUCGGAUUCAAUUCACGAGCACAAAUCAUCAUCGUCGAAUUGCUUGAACUUAAAGUCGUGUUACGGAUCAAUCUUCACUCUCAACAACCUGUUCAUUUUGUCGGGACCUUUGCUGUGUACGAUCAUAUGCCUGACGGUGAAGCUGGAAGGCGGCAAUACCGCCGGCCGGAACAUGUUGGCGGUUCUGGCGUGGAUAUUUGCCUGGUGGUUGACGGAGGCGGUGCCGAUGCCCAUAACAUCCAUGGCGCCGCUGUUUCUGUUCCCGCUGUUCGGGAUUUCGUCGGCGGAUGACGUGGCGAGUUCGUACAUGGACGACGUCAUUGCUCUGGUGCUUGGAAGCUUCAUUCUUGCUCUGGCCGUCGAGCAUUACAACAUUCACCGGAGAUUGGCAUUGAAUAUAACGCUUGUGUUCUGUGGCGAUCCGGUGAAUCCGCCACUGCUUCUACUGGGAAUAUGCGGGACGACGGCGUUUGUGAGCAUGUGGAUGCACAACGUGGCAGCUGCCAUGAUGAUGAUGCCCGUAGCUACUGGAAUCCUACAACGGCUGAGGAACGGGCCCACUCAAUCCAUCCACGUCACCAACUUCUCCAAGGCGGUGGUCCUCGGGGUGAUAUAUUCUGCGGCCAUCGGAGGAAUGAGCACACUCACCGGCACAGGUGUCAACCUCAUAUUGGUUGGGAUGUGGAAGAGCUAUUUCCCGGAGGCGGACCCCAUCAGCUUUAGCACCUGGUUCUUCUUCGGUUUCCCUCUCGCUCUUUUGAUUUUUGUUGCUCUCUGGGCCGUGCUUUGCUUAUUGUACUGCAAUAGAGGCUCUGGAAAAGCCCUCUCUGCUUAUAUGGACAAGUCCCACUUGAAGAGGGAGCUUGAGUUGCUUGGUCCAAUGGCUUUUGCUGAAAAGGUGAUAUUGGCAGUGUUUUCGAUAUUAAUACUUUUGUGGAUGACGAGGAGUAUAACAGAUGAUAUUCCCGGGUGGGGUGCCCUAUUUAAUGGGCGUGCCGGUGAUGGAACUGUUAGUGUGAUGAUGGCAACAUUGCUAUUCAUAAUUCCAAACAAGAAGCAGAGUGGGGAGAAGCUAAUGGAUUGGAACAAGUGCAAGAAGUUGCCAUGGAACAUUGUGUUGCUCUUAGGUGCUGGUUUCGCAAUAGCAGACGGAGUGAGAACAAGUGGGCUUGCAGAUACGUUAUCCGAGGCAUUGGACUUCUUGGAGGAGGCUCCUUAUUGGGCCAUUGCCCCAAUUGUUUGCCUGAUUAGCGGAACAAUUACUGAAUUCACCUCUAAUAAUGCCACCACAACUCUGGUUAUCCCAUUGUUAAUCCAGAUUGCAAAGACAAUGCACGUCCAUCCAUUGCUGCUUGUGAUUCCAGGUUCUGUCGGAGCACAAUUCGCCUUUUUGCUUCCAACGGGAACCCCUUCCAACAUCGUGGGCUUCUCAACGGGCCAUAUCGAGAUUAAGGACAUGAUCAAAACUGGAGUGCCACUGAAAAUUGCUGGUACUCUAGUGCUCUCCAUUUUGAUGCCAACCCUUGGUGUUGUUGUAUUUCGGACAAACAGACCACUAGAGGUUUUUUCAGCUUGAAUGUACAUAUGCAUAGAGGUUUACUAUUUACAAUCUUAAAUAUGAGGUAAAUGUUGAUUAUGAAUUCUUCCCGGAGAUACUUUUAUUGUAUAAAUUCUUUUUGUGAUUUACACUUUUUUUUCACCCCCUGAUUUGGGUCGUUGUAUAGAGGGAUAUAAUGUUGAAUAUUGGUACAAUGCAUAAGCUAAGAUUGGACAGUGAAAACGGCAGUUCCAUGCAUUGUUCGGUGAGUCAUUUUUGUUUUUUUGAGUUAAACCAGUGGUGCUACAAACAUGUAGUAAUUUCAGUAGAACAAAACCCAAAAUUCUGAGAUCAAGUUACUCGGUUAAAGGAGUAGACCUCCGCUCUACUAUUGCCAGAGUGUGGCGGCCACCACAGGCUACAUACUUAGCAAACCAACUGCCUUCAGCUUCAUUUCCGCCGAGAUCUCCAUGAGGGAUGUUGUUUAAAGGUACUUCCGAAGGAUGGCCAGUUGUCACCUUUCUCCCAUAGCCAAGGCGUCCAUGAUCUCCUCUACCAAACUGCCAAUCUCAAAACUAGUCAGCAUUUCAUUGUCAUCUGAUUAAAAACAUGACCCUCAAAUGAAUGAAAUGGUGAAUAAUUCUUUUGUGCCACAACAAUGAUCUUGACUUGAAGCAAUACAUUCAGGUUCAAAAGCUAAAUUGAUUGUCACAAACUCUGUCAAUUAUGUAAGCUGAUAAAUUACCCCCCAAGUUGCCAACUUAUCUAUGUAAGAAAAGAGAGAUCACUUAGGGUCAGAGUGUCCAAGUACUCACACUAAACAUCCGGCCAUCACGCGUUAAAGCAACCGAGUGGGUUCCUCCACAAGAAACCUGCAGCAGAUAAGAAUCACAUUCAUAACUUCAUACAUACAGUGGAGAUCUAAAUUUGGAAAAACAAAUGUCAACAAAAGUGCUACUGUUCUCUUAUAAAUGCUUCAUUCUAUUUGCCAACCUCCAAGGGUACCUAUUUGAUCAACAAAAAUUGCAAAAAGAUUGGCAGUUGUCACAUAAUAAGCCAUAAAAGUUCAUUCUUUACUAGCAGUUAAUUAACCUAUGUGUGCUCAGAACCAGAUGAACGCAAUAAGGUUCUAACACAACAACAUCAAGAACGUUAUCACUUAUCAGUUAAGACAAUUGCCUUGACGAUGAUUUGUGCAAGCUCAGAAUCACAUGAUCUUUUAAAGGUUCAAAUUGAGCUACGGGUAAGACAACAUUUUCUGACGAUCAUGUAAUCAGAAGCAUCCUAAAGUUCUUAGGAACUCAAGUAGAAGAAUGCUCCACAAAAACACUUCUAAACUAGGGAAGAUCAAAACUUCAAGUAAAUGCAUACAGGAAGUAAAAUAAAAUGGAUUCACAAGUUUGCCAGAAUACAAGUAUACUAAUAACAAAGAAAGAUCCAACUUUCCACUAAUUAAUUCUCCAUCCAAAUGAAGUUACCAAAAGAAACCAUCAUAAGGUAAAGGUAAAACGUAGCAAUAGUUUAGAUCAUUAACAUUAUACAGUGUUGAGGUCCAAACCUGUACAAUGUCCUCUCCA